UUGAAAAACACAAGUUCAAAUCAAAGCUGCUUUUAUCACUGGUCUUCAUCUAGAAAUAAAGCAUUUUCUCUUCAUUUAAAGUAUUUAACAUAACCUCCUUCGUGUAUGUUCACCAAGUUUUAGCUUAUUUUACACUGCUCGAUUUCGAUGACUUCACCUCUGCAACAUGACUACAUAAUCUUACCAGAGACUCAUACAAUGGAGAGAAGUUCUGCGGACAUCUUAUCCUCUGUUCCCGCAGCUGAGAACAACAACAAUGUUCUCAACCUUAAAGAGACAGAGCUCAGGCUUGGAUUACCUGGCUCUGUGUCUCCCGAAAGGAAGCCUGUAAGCGAGGUGGCUCGCGGGUAUUGUCCAUUAAAGAACUUUCUUUCGGGGGCUAAGCGAGGUUUUCGUGAUGCAACUGAUAGUUCUGAACAGUGGGCUUUUUCGGGGAGUGGUGGAUCAGAGGUGCCUGAUUUUGUUAAAGGCCCUGUUCUGUACUCCCCGAGAGAUGAAAAUUGUGGUUUGGAUGAUAAGAAUAACAGCAAUAAGUCAUGUUUUAAGCCUGGUGGAGAAAAGAAGACUUCUGCAACAAAUGGAAAUGCUGCUAAUACUCCUGCUUUGAAAGCACAGGUAGUCGGAUGGCCGCCUAUUAAGUCAUACCGGAAAAACACACUGGCUCCGAAUAUAUGUAAGAAAGCAGAUGUUGCAAAAGAUUUAAACACAGGGUACAUUUAUGUUAAGGUUAGCAUGGAUGGUGCUCCAUAUCUAAGAAAAGUUGACCUCAAGACCUGCUGCAAUUAUGCUGAACUUUCGUCUGCUCUGGAGAGUAUGUUCAGCUGCUUUACUAUCGGGCAAUGCAGCUCUAAAGGACUUCCAGAGCGAGAGGGGCUCAGUGCAAGUCGGUUAAUGGAUCUUGUUCAUGGCUCUGAAUAUGUGCUAACGUAUGAAGACAAGGACGGGGACUGGAUGCUUGUUGGUGAUGUUCCUUGGAAGAUGUUCACAGACUCGUGCAAGAGGUUAAGAAUCAUGAAAGGCUCCGAGGCAAUUGGUCUAGCCCCGCGGACCAUGGAGAAAUGCCAGAGCCAGCAUUAGCAAUUAUGCCAGUGAGAUUGAAGGCCAAGAAUUUUGUCUAUGCAAGUAUUUUAGUUGGUAUCUAAUCAUAUGUAUAUGUACCUUAGUUUCUCUAAAUGCCAAUAUCUUCCUAGCUUGCUACA